GAAUAUUCGAAGGCAGAAGGUCCCGUACGAAACAUGGUGCAAGCCAACCCAGCUAUGCGGGACACAGUUCUGGAAAGGAAAUGCGGUCAACCCGGGUCUUCAGAAACGCGUCAGGCUUCGUAUUCCAUCCACUCAGCAACGCAAAGGGAUAAUUUGUGAUAAGGUUAAAGUAGAAGCAGAAUCCAAGGCCUUCGAAAACCAGAAUUUAACACACGAAAGGAGACCAUCCGAAUCACUAUAUAUCUGAUUGUUCAAGAUGCACUGCCUCUCCAAGUCUCCGCUGCGAUGGUUCAGCUGCCCCUUUUACGGGCACAGGAAGGCAUGAAUGACAGAGGCUGUGUGCAGGGAAAAGGCCAGCUUCAAAGCAGGAGCAAGAGGAUAUCUAGGAGUCUGGCUUGUUCAGCUGGCGGGGGUGUAGCUGAACGACCCAAUCACGUACCGAAGCACAGUAGCACAGCUGCCUUCGAGUCGUGUCUGGCAACGGUGGCACCUCAUAGAGGGAUGAAAGAGAAGGCUAAGCCUACGGGGCAGGACCGAGAAACUUUGAAGUACCGAAUUACCUCAGUACUGUAUGCACCGUACAAACAGUGCACUAGGGAAGGAACGAAGGAGCACGAAAACCUAGGUUGGUGGUUGGAAAGAGCCAUCAGGCUGGUUGUUAACCUAGCAUGCUUCCUCUGGAUAUUGGCUUGUCGUGGAUUCCAAACCUUGACGAUCCAGAGCCGAGUGCGGCUAAAGGUCAAUGAGAACAGUAAUCUGCGCAUCCCGUUCGAAAGACGGUGGGAUGUGUUAGUCGUAGGGUGCCAAGAUGUUGCAAUUGGCUGCAAGGAAGAGAGGGAGUUGGCCGAGAAGGGAGGAAGGAACAAGGCAGACAGACUGGGGCCACUGGGCAGUUGAGAUGGACCUUCGGAACCUACCUUAUCUUUGGUAGGAAGGCGGCACUUCGCAACCCCGGUCAGUACACACGAUAUUGUAUGCUGUUUACCUGCCGUCAAGGCAUAAUAUUGCCGGACAGCGACGCAACAUGCCCGAUCUCUGCCUCCAGGACCGGCUCGGGUGUGGAUAUUUCCAUGAUCAAUCAUGUACUUUGUAUUGCACACUAGA